AUUCAUUGUCUAACACGUGUAUGUAGUCAGUCCCUCGGAUAAUUUAGUUCGUGGCAUUUUCAGCACAGUUUGGUUCAUUUUCAUUUCGAUUUGACCAUGGAGUUGGAUCAAGAGCGAAUAUCUGAUGAUUCAGACGGAGAAAAUGAUGCUAGAAGUCAUUCUCAAUUGGUGUCAGCGAUAACAAAAAUUGAUUUUGGCAACAAGUUUGACGGGGCUCUUCGUAAGGAUCCAGCCAAUGCAUCGGAAUAUGAUCAGUUAAAAUCUAAAAAGACGAAAAAUGCCAAUAAAGUUUCGACAGCUAAAGUUUUGAAAUCGGCCAAGACAAUUUCAGUUCGAAGAAAGAAGGAAAUUCCAGCAGUACCGAAGCCGCAAGAAAAAAUCUUUGUUGAAAAGGUUAAACGCUCAGAAGGAUACAUUAAAGUAACAAACGAUUUGUCAAAAUGGGACAAUGUGGUUGAGAGCAAUCGGGUUGCCGAUCAGCUGGAAUUCCCAGCGUUCAACAAGGACCUUAAAGUGCACGAAACAAAUAUCAUGACCUCCAUCACUGCCCCAAAAACGGAGCUGGAGAAAAAGGUGUACAGCAUGCUGGAGCAGAACGGCUACAUCGCGCCAAAGGAGGAGGGACCAAAAAAAAGCACUUAUGAUCUAACGAUGGAAGAGAUCAUAGCGAGAAGGCGCGAGCAUGGCGAUUUUAUAAGAAAAACAAUCCAGCAUCAAAAAAAGGUCUGGCAGCAGAACAGAAUCAAGAGCAAAAAGCACCACCGCAUUAUGCGAAAAGACAAAAUGCGUAAGCAGAUCAAAGAGUUUGAGUCGCUGAAGGACAAAGACCCUGAGGAGGCGCUGAAGAUGCUGGAAGCGAUUGAUAAGACUCGAGUGCAAGAGAGGGCCUCCCUGAGACACAAAAACACCGGACACUGGGCCAAGAACCAGCAAAUCAGAGCCAAAUACAACAAGGAUAUUAGGGAAGUGCUUGCGCAGCAAAUUAAGCUGAGCCGAGAGCUGUCUCAGAAGGUGAAAAGGCCCGAAGAUGAGUCCACAGAUGAAGGAGAGUCUGAAGACGAAGGUGCCGCUGCUCCGCACCCUGAUCUGGACUGGGAGAAAGAGAAAAAGCUUGAAAGUGGAGCUGACGUUGCCAGCUUUGUCAGUGGCUAUAAAAAGUAUUGGGAGGAGAAGAACAAGAAGUCUGCUGCAAAGGCGGAGAGUGACAAAGAGCAACCUGAGGAAAAGCCAGAGCAACCUGAGGAAAAGUCGGCCAGCCAAGAAAAGUUGUGCGUGGAUGUUGAGGAGGACGAGCAUUUGGAGUUGAUGGAGGAUUUGUUGGAGGUGCGAAAAAACCAGAAGGAGUUUGAGAAAAACGAGUUGGGGAAAAAUUUGAGAAGAAAAGCCAAUGUCGAAAGUGUCAGCAAGAAAGAGAAGAAGGUCAAGGGGCAGAAGAAAUCCGCUGCGGCUGGAAGUGGAUCGUGGCUUGUGGCUGAAAGUUCUGUGACAGACCUGUUUGACAAGUUGGAGCAAAAGCAAGAGGAAGUGAUUGAAAAGUCGCUAAAACGGUUGCGUUCCGAGGUAAAGGAGAUGGAAAACAAAGAAAAGGAUGAGGAAGAAGCUGAUGCUCCUUCAAACAAAAAGAAGAAAAAGAAGAGGAAAGGGAAAAAUAAGUCUUCCAAGAACGAGCCAAAGGAUGUAUUUGGUUUGAAGAGUUUGAGGCAGACUGAAAGGGAAGUAAGCAAAUCCAGCAUUGAAAACCCCAUCACGGAAGGCACAGAGAAGCAAAACUCCAAUGUUGAGAAGAACGACGUGCUGAACAGCAAAGUGUUCAAAGCAGCUCCAAAUCGAUCUGAUGCAAACAUCGAUCCGACGAAAUUCCUGGAUCCAAAGCCGCUGAAAUCGAUCCAAGGCGAGUUGGUGGUGGUCGGAGGCGAAGACCUUGACGCUGACCCCAUCUCCCAGGACCAAAAAGCCAUGCUGGCAGAGCUUUUUGCCGACGAUGAUGUGGUCGACGAUUUCCAGAAGGAAAAGCAGGAGCUGAACGAGGCAAGCAAGCCCAAGGAAGUCGAUCUGACUCUGCCGGGCUGGGGCGAGUGGGGUGGAUCCAACCUCCCCGUGUCCACCAGGAAGAGGAAGAAGUUUAUUUUGAAGCCGAAGGUAGAGCUGCCCAGGAAGGAUAGAAAUCUAAGGAACGUCAUUAUUUACGAGGGGAAAGACUCUGGAAUCAAUCAGCAUCAGGUGAGCGAGCUUCCAUACCCAUUCACGAGUGUCAAAGAAUUCGAGGCGAGCAUAAGAGCGCCGAUAGGCCGUAAUUGGGUGCCAGAGACUGCUCACAAAAAAUUGAUCGCACCAAAAAUUGUGACCAGAGUUGGUCAGAAAAUCGAGCCAAUGACGAUAGACGUAUUGCUUAAGGAGGCCAAGGAUGAGAAAAUGAAGAUUAAAGCGAAACCUAAAUGACGAAACGCAUUGCGUGGAUGUAAAAAGUAAAUAAAACAAAGAAAUCAGAUUUCUUAUUA